CGCAGAUUUUAGCUCUCUAGUCCAGCAAUGGCCACGACCAUAUAUUGUCAUAAAAUGUUUAAACUUCUAUUUCAAAUAAAAACAAUGAUUUUGAUUGGCUGUUGGAUAAUCACGUGGAUAAAUCUGAUUGAAGGAGGGCGGACGCCAUCACGGGGCUCAAGUUACGAAUACGCUCGCACAGACGACGAUGAGCCGGUUUACCAAAGCUCUCUGCUGCCAACUUGUGCCGAAUCGUGCUACGGGAAUGUAAACAAAACCAACUGUACAAUGAGUAAUUGCUUGAUCCAAAAUAAGCUCGAUUGCGAGAAAGUCUACUAUGAGAACGCGACGCCUAAACAGAGGAAAUACAUGGAUUUUAUUUUGAAGAAAUACAGAAAACGACGGUACAAAUGCAGCCACAUGAUGAGCAAGAUAUGCAUACUCAAACAAUUAUACAUCUUCAAACAGUUCGUAUAUGUACCGGACUAUUACAACCAACAAUGCGACUUCUGUAACAAACUUGCAUCGGGCAAUAUAUCGGGUAUGCAAGUGAACUGUCCGAUCAAAGAUUUGCCUGUUAAUACAACAUGAAAUAGUCUUAUUGAUAAGCUGUAGAGUCGGGAAAGUUUAAACCGGAUACUGUUCUCGACUCCGUUGUAAAUCCGGUUACGACUCCCACAUUGAACAAAAAAAAUCACUCCGACCUCAGCUUCGGGCAUAAACAUAACCUGUUUUUGACUUGGUAAAAUCUCCAAACUGGUUCCCAAUUUUGACUUCGUGUUUUUCAGUAAAUCUGAUUCCGACACCGGAUAAUAAAGUCUCAAUCAUUUGCCUAAGAGAUUUAUAAUCUAAAAUAAGUUUCACUCAACCUUUCUUUCACCAUUGCUUUUCAUAAAAAGUAGAUCCUUCAAACCAGCGGUUCAAAUUUUUAUCCAAAAGAUCCAAAUUUUGUAGCAAAAUAAAUUUUUGUAAAAGAUUUGACUUUGUUACAUAAAUAUAUCUAUAAUGCCAGGAAUUUUACAUUUUCUCUUAUAGUUAUUGCUUAUUUUUAAAGUUCAAUAUAUCUUUUACUUUCUGUAUCAGUGAUUUCUCAAACUUUUUAAGACGAACCUUUUUUUUGAACUUGUCAAGUUUCGCGCUCCACCUUAAAAAUAACUAGCUAACAACAGACUACAAAUAACAGAUAGUGAAGCGAAAAUACGUUUCAUUCAAAAAACAUGUUGAAAUAGGUGAAUGAAAUCGCAAUCUCUAAACAUUAAAGAAAUGUAACUAUCCAAAAUAGGGACGGGUAAGAUGAAAUCUAACAAUUUUUUUUAUUUUUAAUUAGCUUCACGUCCCCUCAAAUAAUUGUCUUCCCCCCUUUUUUGUUGGCGCGUCCCACCGUUUGAGAACCCCUGCAGGUUAGGUUCGAUAAUUGUUCCCGAACAAUGAAUGAUGCGAAACCCUUGAAUUCACACGAACUUAAAUGUAUGGUACAUUUACAGUAGAAUCAGAUUUUGAAUGAGUUGAUGCUUUAUUGGUUGGUGCGUUGUAUCCGCUUAUGUUAGCAUUGCACUUUGGGUAUCUCAAGUCCAAACUCCAUAUCUGUCCCCUCACCCAAAGUGUGAAAAAAACAAAAACCGGUUCUUUUCAAAAAAACAUUUUAGUGUGUGUCAACGGACGUUUAUAUGAAUACUUUCUCCGUGUGAAGGUGCGAAUAAUUCUCACAAAAACGUGGGUAAAUCAGUUAUAUUUCAAACAAUGUUCUACGUUUGCACGCCUGAAAUUCCGGUAUGACGAAUCGUGCUGAAAUAGUGUUUCAUUGUAAGGAUUUAUGAUACGAACUCUUAUCCCGUAAUAUAUCACGCAAAGUGUCAAGCAAUCCUGACUCACAAAAUUCUCUUUUACCUUUACACACACACACGCGCUCACUCCAAAUUCAAACUUGCAAACCAAAGCGCUUAACAGAGUUUACUAUUUCAAAAUAUUUUUCAUUUGUGACGUAUAUUACUUUGUUUUUUUUAAUUUAAAUGUUUGUAUUUUUAAUACAAUGAAUUAUCCUCAGAUUUUGUUCUUUUUUUGGAGAGUAAUGGAGAGAAGUUCUAAUUUGCAUAUUGAAAUAAAUUUUCGUAAAGCCAAAACAACAUUAUUACUUUCGGAACUCGUGACCGAAAAUAAAAACGAAUGAUUAGUUUUCAGUUUCAGCGUUACCAGUUUAUUAAAUUUUGAAUUCCUUACGACUGAACAGUCUUAGUGUCGCCAGUUUAUUGGAUUUCUCACGACUAAACAGUUUCAGUGUUGCCAGUUUAUUCAAUUUCUCACAA